AUGCUACGGCGGUGGUCCAGAAUUCAGGCCAAGCAAGAAAUCCAGCCGGCAGGUGCCUUAAGCUUUUGUUACAGAGGAAUCGGUGCUGUUUUACUGAAUGCCCACUAUGCACCAUUGGAAUAUCGAUCAACCUGGUUUAUUAUGCCUUGCUUCUUCUCAGAACAUUUGCCUUUGAAAUUGCAGCAGGUGGGCUGGGGCCUCAGGUGGCCCCUGGGGCUGCACAAGCCCCCCCAGCCCCUGGGGACCCAGCCAGAGGGUGCGGGGCCCACCACGCCCACCCCCGAUUUGUGCAGACCCCAGACCGACCCUCCCGAAGUCUGUGUCAGCACCUACGGCUCCCAGGCCGUGGGGACCAGGGAGGGCGAGGCGGUGGAGUCCUGCCAAGCUGGUGUGACUCGAAGCCCAAGGUCCUCCCCGGAGCCCGCCUUCUGCAAGCAGCACCCCCGCUUUGUGGCUUCAGCAGCAGUGGACACGGGGCCUGCAGUUGACAACGGUGGGGACACUGGAGCCUCCUCUGGCCCUCGGACAGGGACAGAAACUCACGCGACCACCAUAAUGACCCGUUUCACAGAGGAGGAGCCUGAGACGCAAGCUACCCUGGCCCACCGCACCAGGGCCCCAAGCCGAGGGCCUUCCGCUGGCCUGGAGGGUGGCCAGCGGGACCCAGAAGCAUGGCCGCAGGGCCGGCUGCAGCAGACCGGCUGGCCUGAGGCGCCCUCACGGCGACCUGAACUGCUUAACACCCCCAGAGGAGUCCGGAUGAGGACACUGAGGCUCGGAGAGCCAAGGUUCCCCCGGCAGAGCCAGGGCAAGACAGCCGGGGGGCUGAGUCCCCAGCCGGGCACUCCCGGGCGCGUCCACCAGGUGGGGGUGAGCGCCCAGAGACGGAGCGGUCGGGAGGUGCGAGUGCUGCCCGCCCCGUCCCUCCCUCCCGCCAUGGAGCCCGCCCGCCGAGGGGAGGCGCGGUCCGCGCCCAACGGAGCAGCCGGAGACUAG